GGAUCAGGUCACAAUAUUUGGUGGAAGUGCCGGUAGUAUGUCGGUGUCAACACUGGUAUUAUCUCCGUUAUCUCGGGGUCUAUUCCGGAGGGCUAUUAUGUCAAGUGGGGCCAUAUUUCACUAUAAGGGGAGGGAAGGCGUGAAUAAAAGCGAUGCAUUGAUUGCAUCGAAAAGUUUAGCCGAAAAUCUGAAUUGCAGUCAAAAUGAAUGGUUAGAGUGUUUGAGAAGAGCUGACGUCAAAGAGAUGAUUAAAUACACGCCAGUCGUACAGAUGCCUCUCGAAGGGGAUCAGGUUUUACCACUUUUGGCACAAAAUGCAUUUAAAGAACACAAGUAUAACCAAGAUUUAGAUAUAAUAGGAGGGGUUGUCCAGAACGAGGGCACAUCACUGGCAUCGAUGGUAUUACCGGACAUUCAACACAUGAAUAUGACUGAAGAGCUAUUCAUGGAA